AUGAGUACUGCACAUUCACCGGGACCACGGACAGAAGUGGAGGAAUCCCAAGCCCCACAAUCGUCUCGAAUAGGUUCUGUUGCGAGCAUCGUAACGAAGUUUCAUCCAGCCAGCGACUAUCGGUUUCCUAAAAACGCUCAAGGGAGAGCCUGUUUGCCUGAAUGGCUCGAGAAGUUCAGAUGGCUUCACUAUAACUGCGAUAGUGACAGUGUGCUGUGCUAUGAAUGUGUGGCACGGUGCACUAUGAAAUGCGAAAACAGUGUUCGUGGUGCCGAGGUGACUUUCAUUUUAUCCGGCUUCAGGAACUGGAAGAAGGCCACUGAGAAGUUCAGAACUCAUGAAAAAAGUGAAUGCCACAGCCGGUCUGUGGAUAGCUUGUUGCAGAGAAUGCAGAAAGCACCAGUGAUCAAGCUUCUCAGUGAGCACAGCCUGGAGGAGCAGAAUGAGGCGCGAACGGCACUCCGUGUUGUCUUCAGUUCCAUCAGAUACCUUGCACGCUCGAGUCAGGCCCUGCACGGACAUUCGUAUGAAGAUGGAAACCUGCGGCUUCUACUCAACGAAAGUUCUCAAGACGUCCCGGCCUUGGAAAUGUGGAUGAAAAGGCGGGACAAGUGGCUGUGCGCUGACGUUCAAAACGGAGUCAUUGAAAUCAUGUCUCACGAGCUGCUGCGAGGCAUCAUACAGGAGGUAAAGCAUUCAACCUUCUUCAGCAUCAUUGCCGACGGCACGACGGACGUUUCAUCAUCUGAGCAGUUCUCGCUGUGCAUCAGGGGCGUGGAUCCAGACACUUUGCAUGUAAAGGAGAUUUUUGUUGGCUUGUACAACCCGAGUGAUACCACAGCCGCUACUCUUUUUGCUGUAAUCAAAGACAUGUUGUUGUUCCGGCCUCUCAAUAUUGUGGAAGAUCACGGACUAGGGAAAGUUCUUCAGAUUGCCUUGGAUUCUCCGUCUUACCAGCCGCCGUCCCGUCGUGCAGUGAGUGCCAAGGUGGAUGCCCUGUAUACCUCGAGACGGGAGCGUCUUCAAGCAGAACUCUCGGCAGCCAGCUUCACCAGCUUAACAGCGGACUUCUGGACCUCCAUCGCCAAUGACGCCUACCUCGGGAUAACGGCGCAUUGGAUCGACGACGACUGGAUGCUUCGAUCGGCAACAUUGCAGGUAAAAGCUGUCUGUACCGAUAACGCCCGCAACAUCUGUCUUGGGGUGCAGAGAACAAACUUUCAGAGUCUGAAGUGCGCAGCUCACACGCUUCAGCUGUGCGUCCACAAGGCGCUCAGCGUGACGGGUGUGGAGCGACUGCUAGCCGCCUGUCGUCGUACUAGCACCUAA